AUGGCACCCCGGUUGAUUCCGCCGCUUCUGCUUUUCACCCUACUGGGACGCCGCGGGGCCGUGCACGCCUCGACGUUGCUCUUCACCCGGGCUACAAGGCAACCCACCGUUGCGUUUUCCGAGCUAGCGUUUGCGGUGCCACCGCCGGCGGCGGUUCGCCCUCUCGCGCGUAGCCCGGCCUGCGGGGCCUGGACCAGCCGCUCCUCAAAUAGAGCGGUUUCCACGACGACAACGGGAGAUUCGCCACGAAUCGGGGUCUGCCCCCUGGCGCUGACGCGGCGGGGACGGGCUGACACCACCGCGACCGCGCCGCCGCCGUCAUCUUCGCUAUCGCGCCGGAGGAAGAGCGCCGCCGCUUCCGCGGCAGCGGCGGCGGCGGCGGCAGAGGCGACGAGGGCAGCCCCGGCCCGCUUAGAGCCGCUGGACGCCGGCAGCAAGGGCAGACGGAAGGGAGGCCGCCGCGCAACGGCGGCGCCAUCAGGCCAGCAUAAGAAGAAGCCUCGGUCGUCGCCGCAAAGGAAGGGAUUGUCGCCGGCUGCGGCUGCGGCCGCCGCCGUGGACCCUUACCCAGCAGGCUCGGCGUUCGUCGCGACCCCGAUGACCACCACCGAGAGUGGCGGCGGCGGCGGCGGUGCCGCCCUAAAAGGGGAUGCCGUGGCUCCUCGUGCAGCAGCUGCUGCGCCUGCCGCCGCUCGGAGACCGCGGAAUGGAACCCCCGCUCCCGGUAGACGGACGGGGGGAGUUUACACCCGCAGGACCGCUCGCAACCGGAGGGGCGAGGGCGCCAAGAAGCAGAGGUACGGGGACGUGAGCGCCAAGAGGGCGAAGGCGUUGAGGACCGGCGGCAAGGCGUUCCUGAUCGUUUGCGACGCCGAGAGCAUCACGUCUCCCGAGCUGCUGGAGAGCAUCGACAUCCUGGACGAGCUGGGGACCAGGGACGUCGGCGUUAUCUACGCCGAUUGGAACAAGACUCAGGACUGGCGGUCCGAACUCUUCGGCCGCUCCAAGGCUCGCGAUUUCAAGCUCCUGCAGCGCGAGCCCCUUCCGCCCGGAUCGAACCCUCUGGGAGACGACACGAUGACGGCGGAAGUGUUGGCCCUCGCGAGGUCGGAAGAGUUGAACAAGUACGAGUUCUGCUUGCUGUCGGCCGACGGGUCCCUGUCCGAGUUGGCGGCUAAGCUGAGGGGGGAAGGUAGGGCGGUGAGAGGAGUCGGGAGGAGACAGGCUCCCGAGGAGUUCCUGGAUAACUGCGACACGUUCAUGUACAUCGACCCGGCGAAUCGAUACGAGUUGCUGGAUAACGAAGGACUGGUCAUCUCGGUGGCACUGUGCAUUGCACUCGCGGCCGCGGGUCAGGAGAGGUGUGACUGGGUACGGAUGAAGACUAUCGUCAACUCGCUGCACGCCUGGGACCUGGGUUUGGAAAGCCCGAACUACUUUGGGUACUCGGACUACGACGAGAUGGUGGUCAAGAUGGACGCCUACGUGACCGGAGUAGAGGACACCAGCGGCGAGGUGGUGGUGAAGGUGCCGCCAAAGCCUAAGGCGGGAGAGGUCCCGAGGGGACUGGAGGACGUCGCCACCUACCUCUACGCGAAAUGGGUGUCCUUCACCAACGAGCCCCGGAUGAACGACAUUCUCCUGGCCUGCAUACCGGCGUGCUUACAAGCGCUGGCGGUGGCAAGGGGGGAAAUGGACAUAGCCGUGAAGCGCUUCCAGCAGGGCACGCUGCCGUUGGAGAGCUCGGACUAUCUCAUGGAUUACUAAGAACUGAUGAGGAGCUGAGUGGUUCUUCAUGGAGGGGCCUACUGGUUUGCAGGGUCGAUCCUGAGGUUGAGUUUGGUGGUGGGGGUGGUGGUGAAUGUCGUAUGUUGUUGAGUUGACCGAUUGGUCGGGUCUGUGUGUUCGUUGAUGAGGCAACACGAGCGACUGCUGUAAAUAUGGAGCAAUUGUGAAGCAAUAGGCAGAUGGUAGCGUUAUCAUUGGGCCAUCCAUUGUCGUGU